CACAGAUUCAACAUCGUAACAGUUUUAUUUCAAAGACAGCAUCCAAUCGUCGUAUCAACUUACCACCGAGACAGCUUGUUUUGUAGGGAUUUUUACAGUCACAGCACUAUCAUUUAGAUGCUGUUGUUCAGUCAGUUUCCCCACUUACCAUCAUUUCAGUUUCGUUCAGUUGUCUUUUGCAACUGAGUGUCAUCGUAAGAGUUUCGUUUGCACGGCAUCGCCAAAUCGUCGCCUCCACUUAGCUACGUAACAUCAGUUUCAGGAAAGGGUAUAAAACAACAAUGGUUACAGUAACAGUCACGGUGUUUCCUGUGAUACUGUGGACUCUCCUCUUCCCCUCUGGUACAGAUGGUCACGGACGUUUGGUAGAUCCUCCAAAUCGAGGAACCAUGUGGAGAUUCGGCUUCGACAACCCUCCUGAUUUCCAAGAUCACGAGCUCAACUGUGGAGGACAGAAGCAUCAGUGGGAGAAGCAGAAUGGGCGGUGUGGGGUGUGCGGGGACCCAUAUGACAUCUUCCCGAGACCCCACGAAGCGAAGGGUCGCUUCGCGAACGGCAUUAUUGUCGACACGUACGAGGAAGGCGCUACAAUUACCAUUACGCUGGACAUCACAGCCCCGCACAAAGGCUGGUUCCAGUUUAAGCUUUGUCCUGUUAACAACAAGAAGGUUCGAGCCACGCAAUCCUGCUUGGACAGAUAUCCACUCAAGUUCUCCAACGGAGAUUCAAUGUAUUUCCUGCCUAAGAAUUUUAAGCCGAUGAACGUAACGGUGAGAGCAGUUCUCCCGGCGGGCCUCACGUGCUCUCAGUGUGUGCUACAGUGGAAAUAUCACACCGGUAAGGACUGGGGAUGCGACAAACCCGAUAAACCAGAUAGUUGUUGUGUUGGCUGCGGUCCUCAGGAAGAGUUCUACGGAUGCUCUGACGUGGCUAUCGUGAAGAGAGGUGGAAGAAGACCGAUAUUUACCACAAAGAGACCGACAUUUAGAACAGUAAAACCCACAUUUACAAAGAAACCAACGUUUAAAACCACAAGGAGGCCCGUACGGACCAUCCGACCAGCAACCUCUCGUCCUGUAACUGCAAGACCCAUCAGAACAACAACCCAACGUCGAACAACUCCAAAAAGAACCUUUAUCUGGCAGAGGACAACGCGACCCUGGACUAAACCCCGCCCCUCUUCUACCUCCAAGGUAAUCAGCUGGUGGAAGCGUCCCACAACGCGCCGACCCUACUACACGCGCCGGCCAACGACGCGUGCCCCUCAACAAGGGAAAUAUCCAUCUUGGGAGUGGAAACGACCGACAACCACAACCAAAAAGCACUGGUGGCAAUACUGAGUGGAUGUGAAGUAAGCGACGAAAAGACAAUGUUUUUGGAACUGGAUUAUCAACACGUGAUGCCAAGAACAGUGAGGUGUAUGUAUGUAUUAUAGAGAUUAACAUAAAACCUGCGAAGUCACUUUCCAUUUCAGAGCUGGAGCCUGUUCUUUGGUAUGGGACUGAUUUGGGAAUAUGGUUCAGACGUUAUGAAUCCCGAUUUUGCCAUCAUGUAUUUCUGUUGCAGUGAUUUAAAUGGAUUUGAAAUCUAUUUAGGAUGUUAAGUAUAUAUAAGAAGUCUUUCCACGAAUGCACAUGUAGUUGUAUUUUUGCUAAACUACUUCAAUUACGUUCUUUGUAAAAUGGCGUGUAUAGCACGCUAAAACAUUCUCUUACAAAUUUUUAAAUUCGGAAUCCACAUUACCAGUUAGAGGAAUUCGCAAUGAGCUCUUAAUCCUUUAACAGUUGUCACUUUGGUGACAUAUAAAAAUGUCUGUAGCUUCUCUUCAAAAAGAAGGUGAAAAAGUUUUAGAAAAAGGUAAGAAAAGUCGAGAUUUUUGAAUGCACUCAGCUGAAAGUGCCCGAAAAGAAUUAGACCAAGGUUGGUGGGUUAAUAUCGAUGUACAAACUGUGUAACAAUAAAAGUACGGAAUUUUAACCCGUAACUGGAAUCCAGCUCUGAUUUCACAGUACUAAUUCACCACUCAGGCCAAAUGGUCAAUCACUCACCGAAUAUCAUAUAAAUAUUGAACGAUUUUCCUGAGAUGGGAUCUUUAUAUGUUUUCCUUUAUUCAACAUCGAGUUCUUGUAGUUAUUGUUUAAAAAAAAGACACCUGUGCAUACAAAGUUGUGCCAUUGUUGGGCUACGUAUGUCUCCUCACUAAUUAUAACACGCUAUUUUCCCGUGGCAUAAUUUAUUCAUAUUGCUAGCUUUUUUAGUUCAGAUAAACUCUUACCAAUCUUUUUAUUCCAUCAAUCACAGAACAAUA